AGCGGCCAGCCGCCGAAUACAUCGCCAACGCAGUCGCCUAGCAACGACUACCGCGACGACGCACGCGCUCCGCAGAGAUGAUGGAUAACAUGCAUGUCUGUGUGUUGUGCCUGAGCAUUUACUUCUGUUUUGUGUCAUCAGUUCCAAUACAAAACAAUGAUCUCACAUUGGAACCUAGAAUUGAUGAACAAAAACAACAGCUGAUACAAAAUAAAAUAAAAAGAAGCCAGAGCAUUGUUGGUGAUCUACUAACAUCUCUGGGUAAGAAUUUUGCACCUCAAGAUCCAGAGAUGGCAAAGUUUGAAUCAGACAGCCAGUCCAAGAAAAUGUUUUCUGCAGUUCAGUCAUUCCUUAUCAAUGUACUGAAGCCUCAACCCAUAGUUGAUACCAUAACAGAAGAAGAAAAGUAUGGGAAUGACGGUGAAAAAUUUGCAAGAGUUGGCAGAACUUUGGUAGGAGGAGCAGAGACACUUACUAAUUUCUUUGCAUCUGUAGUUGAUGUGCCAAUGAAUGUGUUGAAAGGAUUCACCAGAAAGGCUUCAACUGUACUAAGUGGAAUUGGGACAAAGCUUGUAGGACUAUAAGAUUGUGUCAUAUAUCUGUUGUUGAUGCACUAAAAGUUCACAAUAUAUAUAAUUUAACCAAAGGCUGUCAUGUCACAUAUCAUAUACUGAUCAUACUGUCAUGUGAAACAUAUCUGUACAAACUGCUGUAAGAGAUACAUGCACAAACAAAUGUUAGAAUUAUGAUUCUUUUUGGGAAAAUGUUAUCAGAUGUAAAAUAUGGUCCUUCAUUUCAGUUACAAAAAAACUGAAUGAAUGUUUGUGUAAUCAAAUGACUGAAAGAGUAACUACCUGAGAAUAUUAAGUUGACGAGUCAUAUAGUACAGAGGGAAAUGGAAAGGUGGUUUCCAAGUGUAUGUCCUCUGAGACAGAAUUAUGGUUUUCAUGCUACUCAUUUGUAACUGCUGUCAUCUUCCUACUUCUUUUGCUUUGUCUAUAACUCCUCAAAAAAAUGUUCAAUUACAAAAGACUGAGAAUCAAGAGUUUGUCUUUUGUGUUUAUAUUUUAUACAUCAUGAUUCCAACAGUGAUUUAUACAGAAUUUCUAACAAGUUGCGAAUGUUGUUACU